AUGAUUUCUAUGCCCAAACUAACAAAAGAAGGAUACCAAGUUUUGAUAUAUCGUCUAAUUGAUAACGAUCCAUCCAAAAUUAAUUUUGCUGAUGCAAUCAAAGGAUUCUGUAUGUUCAAUGAUAUUCGCUUAAGUGAAGAUUUGUUGGCUGAGGGCUACAUUGUUAUAUUUGAUAUGAAGGGUAUUCGUUUGGGGCAUAUUUCACGUGUAAGCAUGGGCCCAUUGAGAUCAUUUAUGUCAUAUAUUCAAAACGCGCAUCCCGCAAGGCUCAAGAGCAUUUGGAUAUGCCACGCUGCUUCAUUUGUUAAUCAAGUAAUGUCAUUGGUAAAACCAUUAAUAAAAUCUGAAUUGAUGUCUCUUUUACACUUCACUACAAAAGGACCACAAACUAUUAUUGACAAGGAUUUAUUACCUGAAAGUAUACUAUGGAAAUAGCAACAUAUCUGUGUGGCGCACGCAUCUCAAGUUGUUUAUUGCGCAUUAGAAAUUUGAUUCCGUACCAUAUGGAUUUGCCAACACAAUGAAAGACAAAAUAUUUUUGCGAUAAUUAAUUAUUAGGGGAGAGUCUUGUAGACGGGUUUUGUUUUUGACCAAUUUUUUUUAACAAAAAUAAAUAUAAUCGAAAGUUAUAUAUCGUUGGAAAGGUAUUUGUAAGGGCUAGAACUUUGCAGAAGUAACUAAUUGAAUUGCUCAUAAAAC